AUGAGCGCCAUCGCCCUGAGAUACGCGGCGCAGACCGUCGGCGGCGCAACAGAAGGCGGGGACGUUGGCGUCAGCGGGGGUGGUGAGCAAAGACCAGAUUCAGAGCUCGUGACAGGGGCGAUUGGGUACGUCUCAUCAUGCGGCGCCGCUGGUGUUGGAGUAUUGCCGUCCCUCUUCGCGACGUUGGCUGCCCGCACACGGGGCUUGCCAUUUGGUGGAGCCAAGGGGGUGUUUGGUAUAUUUUUGAUUGUGAUGACCGGAGCUCUAAGUAUCAUUUGGGGUAUGGUACAGUCAUAUCAGGGGGUAGUUUUGCUGUCGAUGAAAGACUCUGGGGAUCAAAGGGAUAGAGAUGAAGAUGUUCAGACACAAGAGAAUCCAAUCUUAGGAUACAUCUGA